AUGCUGGAGCUGAGCCUGUCCUGGCUGGGGCUCGGGCUGGUGGCAGCCUCCCCGUGGCUGCUGCUGCUGCUGGUUGGUGCCUCCUGGAUCUUGGCCCGCGUCCUGGCCUGGACCUACACCUCCUACAACAACUCUCGGCGCCUCCGAUGUUUCCCGCAGCCCCCAAAACGCAACUGGUUCUUGGGUCACAUGGGCCAGUACCCACCCACGGAGAAGGGCAUGCGGGACUUCACCCAGCUUGUAGCCAAGUACCCCCAUGGAUUUAGGAUCUGCCUUGGCCCUGCCAUUCCCAUCAUCAUUUUCUGCCACCCUGACAUGAUCCGGACUGUCGCCAACGCCUCAGCUGCUGCUGCACCCAAGGAUGUGAUCUUCUAUGACUUUCUGAAGCCAUGGCUGGGGGAUGGGCUCCUGCUGAGUGCUGGUGACAAGUGGAGCAGGCACCGUCGCAUGCUGACACCUGCCUUUCACUUCAACAUCCUGAAGCCCUAUGUGAAGAUUUUCACCAAGAGCGCAGACAUCAUGCAUGCCAAGUGGCAGCGUCUGAUCACAGAAGGCCACACCCAUCUGGACAUGUUUGAACACAUCAGCCUCAUGACCCUGGACAGUUUGCAGAAAUGCGUCUUCAGUUAUGAUAGCAAUUGCCAAGAGAAGCCCAGUGAAUAUAUUGCCACCAUCUUGGAGCUCAGUGCACUUGUGGCAAAGCGGAACCAGCAGAUCUUCUUGCACAUGGACUCUCUGUACUUCCUCACCCCAGACUGGUGGCGCUUCCACAGGGCCUGCUGCCUGGUACACGACUUCACAGAUGCAGUCAUUCAGGAGAGGCGCCACACCCUUCCCAGUGAGGGUACUGAUGAUUUCCUUAAGGCCAAGGUGAAGACCAAGACUUUGGACUUCAUCGAUGUGCUUCUGUUGACCAAGGAUGAAGAUGGGAAGGGAUUAUCAGACGAAGAUAUCCGGGCUGAAGCUGACACCUUCAUGUUUGAGGGCCAUGACACCACAGCUAGUGGUCUCUCCUGGGUCCUGUACAACCUUGCAAAGCACCCAGAAUACCAGGAGCGCUGCCGGCAAGAAGUGCAAGACCUUCUGAGGGACCGUGAGUCUAAAGAGAUUGAGUGGGACGACCUGGCCCAGUUGCCCUUCCUGACCAUGUGCAUCAAGGAGAGUCUGCGAUUGCACCCCCCAGUCACAGUCAUCUCCCGCCGCUAUACCCAGGACACUUUGCUUCCAGAUGGCCGGGUCAUCCCUAAAGGUGUUAUCUGCCUCAUCAAUAUUGUUGGGACCCACCACAACCCAUCUGUGUGGCCAGACCCUGAGGUCUAUGACCCCUUCCGCUUCGAGCCAGAAAACAUCAAGGGGAGGUCACCUCUGGCUUUUAUUCCCUUCUCAGUGGGUCCCAGGAACUGCAUCGGGCAGACGUUUGCCAUGACAGAGAUGAAGGUGAUCCUGGCGCUCACGCUACUGCGCUUCCGCGUCCUGCCGGGUGAGGAGCCUCGCCGGAAGCCAGAGCUGAUCCUGCGCGCGGAGGGCGGACUUUGGCUGCGAGUGGAGCCUCUGAGCACAGGCCAGCAAUGA